AUGGAGUUUUACUUGGAGAUUGACCCUGUCACCUUGAACCUGAUCAUCCUAGUAGCCAGCUACGUUAUCUUACUCCUGGUGUUCCUCAUCUCCUGCGUGCUGUAUGACUGCCAAGGCAAGGACCCCAGUAAGGAGUACGCUCCCGAGACCACCCUUGAUGCCCAGCCCUCCAUCCGCUUGGUGGUGAUGCAGCAGAGUACUUCAGAGGACCCCUGGGCAAGGAGGCCCAGCCUUCAUUUUGGGGAUCCUGCUCUACUAGGGAAGAAAAGCACAAUGGUGUGA